UCCUAGGAUGUAUUUCAUGGAACCUUCGUGCGUUAGGCACAUAUGUAGGUAGGUCACAAUACUGCGCCUCGUCGUAGUUCACCAAUGCAGUUGCACAGAGAGGUGACCCAUUGCUUUCCCUGUAAAAGCGAAGAGCUAAAUCAGGUUGACUCGUUUCUCUCCGCUCUGUAUGGUCGGGUCCCGACCAAUGUCACAUCAGUAUGUGCACACCGAGAUCGCUUUUACCUUUUCGUAAGGCGAGGGAGUGGGCUGCUGGGGGUAUAAAACAGAAAACAGCGCUUUUACCAAGCCAAUAUGUGUGUAGUUCCAUUUUGGUAGACACCAGAAAGGUGUCUAGUUCUUGCUUGAUUGACAUUGAGUUAUCGUUGAGACAUGACGGGAAUCAGCAUGCUGCUAAGCGCAGUGAUAAUUUGUUGUGUGAUAGUUGCGAAUGCGGAGCAGCCUCUGAAUAGCUACUCUUACACUGGCGAUAGCAAUGGGUACGAUUACAGUAAUACCGUUACGAGUAAUGGAUACUUUGGCGCUAAGACUAGCUAUCAAAACGACGGAAGCUUUUACGGUGCUGGAGACACCAAUCACAAAUUAUCAAAUCCUGCCAGCGGUCACUCGUUUAACAUCGGUAAUCAGGGUGGUAUCGGAGGAAGUGACGUAGGAAACAGUUACAACGGAUAUUCAGCGAACGAUCAAGGAAACGAUCAAUACGCAGGCUAUUCCAACACUUACGAGAAUUCCGCAAGUGAAUCUUACUCUUCACCCACUCGGACAGCGUCUGUACCACUCAGAGGAUAUAUCGGCGCUAACAAUAACGGGGAGUCGACUUUUAACGCGUACUCAAGCGAUUCGGUUCAUAAGGACUCCGAUUUUAGUCAGUACGCGGCCGCCAGCAGCAGCAGCAACAGCGGCAGUAGCAGCAGUAAAAGAAUACCCGCUUAUCCUGGAUAUUCCAGGCCAACCCGAGUAUCGGACAAUUAUUCUGAAGGCUCUGCCGACAGCGGCGUACAAGCGGCAUAUCACGGCUUGUCAUCCGGCGCUUCAAGCUACUCCGAGAGUGAUCAUGUCUACGCGCCUUAUUCGCCAGGCGGUCUGACAAGCGAGUACUCGUUUGGAAAGCAGAAAAUCGACCCAUUGAACUUGAAAGGAGGUAACAGAUAUAGCGGCAUUUACGCGAGUCCAUCCGAGACGCGUUACACGCGGGGAAACUCCGGACACGUGAGCUAUAAUCGCGGCGUACCGUCGUUCAUGUCAGGAGCUUCCGGGCUGGGCGGUCACUUUUCCAAAGUGCACAAUAUUCUUCGGGAUACCUAUCCGUCGGGAAAACCGGGUAAAUACAUCUACAAGCACUUGUCUCGCUACGCUCCGAAUAACGGCGUAACUUACUUGUCGGGGGAACGCGACGGCUAUUACGCGCCUUACGGCAAGGGUAGUGGGAAAGUCUUCGUAAUUAAGAACAACAGCCCGAGUUACAACGGUCGUGUUUAUUCCGAUGAGCCGAUUUACGCCGGCAGCAACAGUUACAGGAGUAAGAGUUUUGCGCCGAAUGGUUAUUCCGCUGCGGCGAAUUUUGAUGGAUACCCUGGCAGUAGAAGUUACGAUGACGAUCCCGCUAUAAUCAGACAAUACAGGACCAGUGGUGGUCCCAUAUUUAUGCAAAAGCCUCUUUAUUAAUUUAUCCUUUCGAUUUAAGAUUUCGUAUUUAGAGAGUACAACACGUCGGAUGUGUGUUUGAGAUUUGUAUAUAUAUUUAUUUUAUAAGUGCUUUAAUAGGGAUUUCUUUAAUGCGUUAUUCAGAAUAAAGAUCGUUCAAUCUUUCGUAAAUAUCCAAA